GCGGCAAUUUUCGAAGUAUUUAUAUAUCAUUUUUCCUGCCGUAAAUUCACCGAAAAUAUUUCAUUGGUCAAAAUUCAACGACAUUCGGCCGAUAGUUCAACCAUCCGACUUCAUGCAAGGUCGCCGAGUUGUGGCGGUGGUCGGCGUCGCCACCGCAGUUCAUGCGUACUCUGAGUUCCGGUACAAGAUCCCGAAUGGAUUCGAAGUAGAAGGUUUUUCGGCAGUGGGGCACGCCAACAAGGUCGGCGGUGGCGGCCAACUGUCGUCGUUUGGGAACGAUUUCAUCGAUGCAGGGUACAAGUGGACCAACGCGUUGUGUGCUAUGGACUCGGAUGGCGAUGGCGCGACAAACGGAGAAGAGCUCGGCGAUCCAUGCUGCAAGUGGAACGAGAUCGAAGACGACUACCCGUUGCGAUCGUCCCAGUUGUCGUCGCCCGGACACGCCGACACGUUCUCGGACGCCCAGUUGGCGUCCAUUCGAUGCCAGGCCAGCGACGAGUUGUGAAAUGACUCCAGUCGACGUAAUGCAAGUUACUUGAACACAUGCGUCGAGAGCAGGUCGUGGUAGCUGGGCGUUUCGCUCGUUCAUCUAAUUUUACUCGUUUGAGAUAACGCCAUAUGCUCAUCGUUGGUUGCAAGGUGAUGGGAACACGAGCUGCUUGCGUCGUCGUUGCGGUGCUGCUAAUGCUGGGCUUGGCCUUGGCAUCUCCGUGCCCUCAAGACUGCAGUGGUCAUGGUUUUUGCCUGAAGCAAGGGGUUUGCAAGUGCUCGCGGUCGUGGACUGGCCACAACUGCGCCACCGCCAAAUGCCCCAUGGGGGUGGCGUGGUCCGACUUUGCCAUCGACAACGACAACGCGCACAACCUGGCCAUGUGCUCGAACCGUGGCAAAUGCGACACCACGACCGGCAUUUGCACGUGCUUGGCGGGCUUCACGGGUGAAGCUUGCGAUCGCCUUGCGUGUUCGUGCAACGGGCGAGGCACGUGCGUCAGCAUGAAAGACUACGCGCUUACCAAAGACCGGGGGCUCGGUCAGAUCUUUCCUUACGACACAAACUGGGACGCGACCAAGCUGCACGGGUGUGUGUGCGACCCUCCGUACAGCGGCUACAGCUGUCAAAUCAACGAAUGCCCUCGCGGAGAUGACCCGCUCACGGGAACCAUAUACGACCCAUCAGGCCUCCAAUUCAACGAAAAGCAGAUUGUUAACUGCAAAGCUACGGGAGGCUCGUUCACGCUGACGUUUCGAGGCCAGACGACAGUGCCAAUCUUUCCAUCCGACUCGGCGGCGACGGUGCAAGCCAAAGUGUGGGCGCUGCCAUCAGUGAACGGCGUGGCAGUGUCGUACUCGGGGAUCACCACCCAGGCGUGCACGAUCCUCGGCAACAACAUCGCGUUGGAAUUUACGCAAGACUUUGGCAAUUUACCGUCCGUCGUGGGGGACGCCACCCAACUGACGCAUUCGUCGGCCGGGAUGUCGCCUACGCUAACCAUCACGACAGCGACGGAGGGCACGAAAGAGAACGCGUUUUGCUCAAAUCGUGGGCUGUGCGAUCGCACUUCGGGCAUUUGUGCUUGUUUUUCCAACUUUUUCUCGAGCGACGGCAACGGCAACAUUGGGACGCGGGGGGACUGUGGGUUUGCAGUCGCCGCCAUCACACAAUGCCCUGGGGCCGUGCUCGCGUGCAGCGGGCAUGGUAUUUGCCAGGGGCCUCCGACGUACACGUGCAUCUGCGCGAGCGGAUUUCAAGGCGGCGACUGCUCUGAGCGCAUAUGCCCCGUCGGGAAAGCGUGGUUUGACAUGCCACAUAGUCCGCAAGGCGCUCACGGCCUCGUGGAAUGCUCCAACGCUGGUCUUUGUGAUCGAUCUAAGGGCGAAUGCGUCUGCGAUCCUCGCUUUACGGGCGCGUCGUGCAAUCGAAUGGUGUGUCCAAACGAAUGCAGCGGCCAUGGGACGUGCCAGACGAUUCAGUCCAUGGCAGGGCGCUCCGUGAUCAACGGCGAUCCCCUGCGGUUCACGUAUGGCUCGAUUCCAAAUCAUUUCCCGACCUGGGACUUUGACCAGAUGCAAGGUUGCGUGUGCAAUCCUGGCUACGCUGGUUUUGACUGCUCCAAGUUGACGUGCCCGACGGGGGACGACCCUGUCACUCGGGUCGAUGCAAACAAUCGACCCCAAACCAACACCAUUCAAGUCGUGCAGUGCACUGGCACAACCGGAACCUUCACUUUGGGAUUCCGUGCCCAAUCUACGCCAGCGCUGCCGUUCUCGAUCACACCGGCGAAUUUGGCGGCCGCGCUCCACGCAUUGCCCGAGUUUGGACAAGUGUCAGUGGCAUACUCAUCCGGCACGUCGGGCUGCACGGCGGGCGGGACCAACUUGAUCUCCAUUACGUUUCGCACCGUGUUUGGAAAUUUGCCAACAAUUCGCACGACUGUCAAUGGCGUGACAUCGGUCACCGUCCGGAACGACGGAACGGGCGGGUCGGUCGUCGGCACCAAGGAAGACGCCGUGUGCUCGAACCGCGGAACGUGCGAUGCCCAGCACGGCACUUGCAUUUGCGCCGAGGGGUUCACGAGCAGCGACGGGUAUGGAGGUCCAGGGUCCCGCGGCGACUGCGGCUACAUGGAGCCAGUGUACCUCAACUCGGCAGCCAAAGUUGCAAACGAAGUUGGAUAGCAUCAUGAAUCAAGCGUGGUGUGUGUGCGUUCGAGUGUUUUCGGGUGUUGU